AAAGGCUCCGAUAUAAUGUCAUUUAUUAAAACAUUUCAGGUGCUGCUUGUAGAUCAGUCUGAUCGAUUUGUUUUUAAGCCAUUGCUGUAUGAACUACUAUCUGGAGAAGUAGAUGACUGGGAAAUAGCACCGUCCUUUACAGACUUACUGAGGAACACCAGUGUGCAAUUUGUCAAGGACAGGGUCAAGCUUUUACGCCCUUUGGACCACUUAAAUCGUAUAGAAAUGAGGGAGCCUGGAAGGUCACGCUCUGGAGGAUUGGUUCAACUUGAGAGUGGGAUAAUCAUUGAAUAUGACUGGCUGGUUCUAGCUUUAGGAGCUGAAGCAAAACUUGAUGUUGUCCCAGGAUCUGCUGAAUAUGCCUUUCCUUUCUCGACCUUGGAGGAUGCUCGUAAAGUCAACAGCAAGUUAAGAAUGUUGGAACGAGAGAGGUUUGGUAAGGAUUCCCCUCCCAUACGUGUGGCUAUUGUCGGUUGUGGCUACUCUGGUGUUGAGUUAGCUGCUACCAUUUCUGAAAGACUCGAACAUAGAGGGAUAAUUCAAGCAAUCAGUGUUGAAACUGCUAUUUGUCCGAAUGCUCCACCUGGAAAUAGAGAAGCUGCAUUCAGAGUUCUUCAAUCUCGGAAGACUCAGCUUUUCUUGGGAUAUUUUGUGAGCUGCAUAAAAGAGGUUUCUGCUUCUGAAAAUUCAGUUGUGAUGACGAGAAUUGGAGAAGAAAUAAGUACUGAUGCAAAGAAUCACCAAAAUAAAUUCAUCUUGGAACUUCAACCUGCCCAAAGAGGCCUGGAAAGUCAGAUUUUGGAAGCAGAUAUAGUGUUAUGGACAGUGGGAUCUAAGCCUUUAAUUCCUCAUCUGGAUCCAUUUGAUCAGUCCAACAUAUUUUCUUUGAAUGCUAGAGGGCAAGCAGAAACAGAUGAAACUCUCCGCGUAAGGGGUCAUCCUCGAAUAUUUGCCAUUGGUGACUCAGCAGCUUUAAGGGAUUCCUCCGGCAAGCUUCUGCCUGCCACCGCACAAGUUGCUUUUCAGCAGGCAGAUUUCGCUGGUUGGAAUCUUUGGGCAGCAAUCAAUGACAGGCCUCUAUUACCAUUCAGGUUUCAAAAUCUGGGAGAGAUGAUGACUCUUGGGAGGAAUGAUGCUGCAAUCUCACCAAGUUUCAUUGAGGGUCUCACGUUGGAGGGUCCCGUUGGGCAUGCUGGAAGGAAGAUAGCAUACCUCCUGAGACUGCCUACAGAUGAACACCGAGUAAAAGUCGGGAUAAGUUGGCUUACAAAAUCUGUUGUGGAUUCUGUUACCUCAUUGCAGAGUACUAUGACCAAAGUAAUAUCGGGCUCAUAAAUCCAUAAUGUAUCCAGAAAGUUGAGACUGUACAUUCAUCUAACCUUGACAGAUCCAUAAAUUGAUAUUUUGUUCGACUCAUUAUUUUUCUCUCUGCUAAUAUAGCGAUCCUAGGAUGAAUCAGAAGCUUUUUGCUGCAGUUCUCAUUGUGCCAAGCAAGUUGAUGAUUCGAGGCAUGGAAUAAUAUUUUUUUCUAGUAGUAUCAGCAUCUGUGGUUCAAUAACCACAUGAAGGGAACAAUCAUACUACUAUAGCUUCUAAAACAUAUGAAACAAUAAAUCAUACUUCAUGAUGCAUCUUCAUACGUCGGACCAGAGCUAUUUGCAAGUGCGCUGUUCUCGUCAUGAUCAUUUCAUGGUUUAGGUUUUCUUUGAAUUUUUCUUACCAACAUGGAAGACUCUAGAGUUCUUCCCGUUGGUUUUGGUGAUUUCCUUGCCAUGCUUGCAACUUUGGCAUUUACUUGCAUAUGUUACUGUAAAUUUAAUGUCAUUUUUAUAAAAUUUUCCUGUUUCUUGCA